AUGAAAGCUUUAAUAGUAGUUACUUAAUUGUAUGUCGUGAUUUGUGGUAAGUUUAUCUAUUACUGAGAGUAGAAUGGGAAGUUUACAAGCAUGAAUUAUAUGACGUGGCAUCAAGUAGUGAUUGGAUAGGUUUAAAUUCUGAUUCAACUCUGAGUUCUUUAACAACAAUAGACUCAAAUAUAUGCACUUCAGUUUCAUCAGUAUAUAUGGUAGGUGGUAAGGAUAAGAUAUGGAGAAGGAUUUUAAUGCCAACAAAUAGAAAGUUUUCAGCAAUUAGAAUUGAAUUAGACUUAUAUUAUAUUGAUGUUUGGGAUAAUACUAGAACAAUUAUAUAUUUGAAUAAUGAGAUCAUUUAUGAUAAUACAUAUAAAUCUUAUUUAACAACUCCAUAGGUUAUUUAUUGUUAAACAUUUUCAAUCCCAAAUACUAAUAGUGAUUAUUUAGAUAAAAUAGCUCAUAGUUAAGAAUUUACAGCAAAUUAAAUUAAUAUAGAAAUAGUUAAGUUAGGAUUACCAAUUACUAGAAUAUUUGCAUUAUCAAAUUUUUAUUUGUAUGUUUAAUUCUGUGACAAAUACUGUGACGUAUGUGAUAUAAAUGGAAUUUGUUUAAAAUGUGAAAAUAAUAAAGAUCCAAAAAAUGGAAACUGUUAAUUUAUUAGUUAAAAAGAAUUUUAACUGUAUAACCCUGAUUUAUAAUGGGUAGUUAAGUGUCCAUUAGGAUAUAUACCAGAUUUAAAUAGUAUGUGUUAAUUAGGAACAACAACAGUAUUAUUUGAAGAUUUGUAGAGUAAUUUUGCAUCUUAUUUAUUUUCUUUAAAUAAGGAUAAAUAUUAUUCAGAUAAAAAUGAUAAUAAUUAUAGAAUAAUGGAAAUAAAUGGUGAAAAGAUUGCAGGACCAUUUAUGUAUAAUGAAUAAUUAAUUUAUUCACCUUUGUCUAUAAUAUCAAAUUCCUUAACUUUAGUGAGAUUUCGAUUAUAUUUUCUACAUUAUAAUUAAUCAUAAUAAGUAGGAGGUAGAAUCAAUUUGAAAUUUAAUGGAUUUAAAGUAUUAGAGAUGAGUGACUAUGAUGAAGUUCUUCUAUUAUCUAAUGUAGGUAAAGCAAUAGGAAAUAAUCAUAAUUAAUGUCAAUUUGCAAAUUAUUAACGUUGUUCUUAUAGAGAUAUAUAAUUUAUAAUGAAUCUAAAUUAUGAAAUAAAUACAUUAACAUUUGAAGGUAGAUUUACUAUAAUCAAACCAUUUAGAGGUUGGGGAAUAACAGAUUUUUAGAUACUUAAAUUAACAUAAUUAGGAAAUGUAAAUGAGUGUUUAGGUUAUUGUAUGACUUGUAAAAAAUUGAAUAAGAAAUCUUGUUUAUCUUGUUAAACAGGAUAUUACCUAUUUGAUGAUAAAUGUGUCACUUAAUGUCCACUUUAAACAACUUAGAUUGGUACUAUAUGUCAAGAAAAUGGAAUGAGUAAUUAAUUCAAAUAUAUAUUCAAUUCUUUUUAUGAUAAUAACAAUUAUUAGAGUGAAAUGGCAAAAAUGGUAUUAAAUUAGCCUUCCAUUUUUUAGGAAAUAAAAUUUAGUAAAUUUAUAUAUGGAAUGAAUGAAUAUUCAAUUUUAGGUGGGUUAUCAAUUUUUGAUGGAGUUCCAAUAACUUAUACUAUUAUAUCACCCUAUUAAUUUUAUAAAGCUUACAUAAAAAUGAAUGUAAUUGCAAUAGAUUAUUAAAUUGAUGAUAAAUUUUAAAUAUCAACAAAUUAAGAAUCAAAUCCUUAUUUGGUAGGAAAAACUACUACCUAUAAUUUUUAAUUUGUUUCCGUUGGGAAUUAGGUAGGAAAUGGUAAUAAUUUGGAAUACCAUGCAGAAGUAUUUAUAGAGACACCUUUUCUUAUAACAUCAACAAAUUCUUUAUAAAUAACAUUUCAAAGAAAGGAUAGUUUAGGUGUAUACUAAUAUUAUGGUGUAUAUAAUUUUAGAAUAAUGAUAGAACCUUGUCCAUAAUUUUGUUAAAGUUGUGAUAAUACAGGAUGUUUAAUUUGGUAGAUUGAUGUAUCUUUAUCUUCUGGUUAAUGUGCUAAUGGUUAUUACUAUAAUUAAUAUUCAGAAGAUUGUUAAUCAUGUUAAGCUGGAUGUAUGAUUUGUUAGGAAUAUUCAUGUACAACAUGUUAUAGUGGAUAUAUUAAUGAAAAUGGAUAAUGUUUUUGUAGUUCAAAUUUAGAAAACUUUUUAGUUUGUUCAAAUACAUAAAAUUGUUAAAUAGGAUGUUUGAUUUGUGGAGAAAGUUAAUAAUUUACAUUGUUAUCUAUUUCAUCUCCAAAUUAUUUAUAAUAAUGUGUUAAAUGUGAUGAAUCUAAAUAUUAUUGGUUAGAUAAAGAUUAAUGUAGAUGUUUGGAAGGUUAUUAUAUGGAUAUUUCUGUUUGUUUACCUUGUUCUAAAUAUUGUAAGGCUUGUUAGAAAUCACCAAGAAUUUGUACUGAUUGUGAUACAUCAUUAAAUAGAGAAUUACACUAUUAAUAAUGUGAAUGCAAAUAAGGGUAUUAUGAGUAAGAGAACUUUUUAGAUUGCAGUUAAUGUGAAUAGACUUGUUAUACUUGUCGUUUCUUUUCAAAUUAUUGUACUAGUUGUUAUCCAGAUUAAUAUAGAACAAUACUUAAUAGAAAAUGUGAAUGUUAAGAUGGAUAUUUUGAUGAAGGAAUAUCUAUUUGUACUAAAUGUAAUCCUAAAUGUUUAACUUGUUCUAGUUUAACAAAUUGUUUAUCUUGUUAUACUUCUUAAAAUCGUAAAUUAAGUAUUAGAAAUAGUACUUGUAUAUGUAUGUUAGGACAUUUUGAAGUAGAAAAUCAAUUAAGUUGUGAUAGUUGUCAUUUCUCUUGUUAAUAAUGUUUACCUUCUUCCAAAAAUGAUAUGUGUACAAGAUGUCCAUCAUCUAGAGAACCUUCUAUUAAUUAAACAGUAUUUGCAUGUAAUUGUAAAAGAGGAUAUUAUGAAUCUAAUAUGAAGGAAUGUUCAGAUUGUAGAAAUUAUUCAAAUCCACCAUCUACUCAUUAUUGUUAUAGUAAAUGUGGUGAUAAGAUAGUAUAAUGGAAUGAAGAUUGUGAUGAUGGUAAUUCAGAACCUAAAGAUGGUUGUUAUAUGUGUUUAUUACCAAAUUCUUAUUGUUUUAAUUCAUUAUGUUCUAAAUGUGAAAUGGGAAUAUGUGUUAAAUGUAUUGAUGGUUAUUUUAUAAACAAAAAUAAUUAAUGUGAAUAAUGUGAUUAAUCAUGUAAAACAUGUAUAACUAGAUAUGAUAAUUGUACUUCAUGUGUUUUAUAUGAUGCAAAUCAUUUAAAAUGUAUUAUGUGUUAAAUUGAUAAGGGUUAUUAAAUAUUAGAUAAUAAUUGUGUAUCUAUAUGUGGUGAUGGACUUAAAGUAGAUAAAGAAGAAUGUGAUGAUGGUAAUGAUAAAAGUGGUGAUGGAUGUACAUAAUGUAAAGUUGAAGAUGGAUGGAUAUGUGAAAAUACUUGUGAAAGAAUAAUCUAUCCUAUUAUACUUAUGACACAAUCUAAAUUUGAUAAUUAACAUGAUGGAAUCAGAAAUUUAGAAUUAAUUACUAAUAUUAAACUUAAAACUACUGGUAAAAUUGAUAAUCUAUGUUAAUACUCUUUUAAAGACUCUGUCUCUUUUGAUAUUUUAAUCACUGAUAAUUAAACAGAAACAAAAGAAGAUUUUAAUAUUAUCAAAACUAUUUUGAAACUUUAAAUUAAUGAUAGAAGUGAAAAUCCUAUUUUAAUAUGUAAAAUACUCAAUUCUGAUAAGUAUAUUAGUGAACAAGGUUUCACUUUUUAAUAGAUGUCAUUUGAAUUUCCAUUACUACCAUUCUAUAAAUAAUCUUAAUCUGUUAUUUCAGCAACAACAAGUUUAUUAAAUUUUAGUAAAUAUGUUUUAUAUAUACUAUUUGGAUUAGCCAUAUUUGCAUUUCUAGUUGGAGGAUUACAAAUAUUUUGGAAUUUGUUAGAUGUCUUAUAAUUAAUUUCAUAUUUGUAGUUUUUCAAUAUUUUGUAUCCAUAUAAUGUUGAUACAUAUUUCUAGCUUUUUGAUUUUGCUUAAUUUGAUUUCAUUAAAAAAGUAGUUAAUAUUGAAGAUAUUAUCAAUCAUCAUGUUAUAUCUCCUGAACCAGAUUAUAAAUUUGCAUAAUAAGGAUAUUCUUCUACAUUUUAUAUUAAUUCUAUUGCUGUUUUUACUGUCUUUUUAACAACUUUAGCAAUCUUUAUUGGUUGUAGAUUAGGAUUUGUAUUCUUGGCUAAACUAUUAUAAUAUUACUCUGAUGAAAAUGACACCUCUUUAGAAGAAGAACCUAAUGUUAUCAAAUUUAUUUUGUUCAGAAUUAGUAGAAAUAUUUCUAAAAUGUUCCUUAAUAUUAUUGGAGAAUUCACUUCAGGAUUAAUUAGAACAUUCAUGGCUGUCACCUAUGAUUACAAUCUCUCUAUUUUUUUAUAAAUUAGAUCACCAAAUUCAGAUAAUGCAUUAUUGUAAUCCAGUUUUGCUUUAAGUAUAAUAUUUUUAUUACUCUAAUUAUUCUUUUUAUUUAAAGGUUUUACUUUUAUGAGCAAUUAACCAUUUUUCUAUUAAUAAUUCUUUAUUAAAUAGAAAUAUGGAUCCUUAUAUGAAGGAAUAGACAUUCAACCAACUAAGCCUUAUUCUAAUUAUUAUAAUCUUGUUCUCCUUUGUAAGAAGAUACUUUUCAUAUUAUUUUUGGUUAAUCUAUAUUAUGAUACAAGCUUAUAAAUAAUAACAUGUUCUAUGCUUAAUGUACUUUUUGCAGUUUAUAUCAUAUAUAAUACUCCAUUAGAAGAUAAAUUUGAAUACUAUAAAACUGUUGGAUCAGAAUUUUUUAUUUGGUUAGCAGAAAUCUUCAUUUUAGGAUUAUACUACUCUUAAUAAUAAGGUCCAGAUGAAAAUAAGGAAUUAUUAAUUGGAUGGUUUAUCAUUGGUGCUUGUACAAUGUUGAUCAUAUAUCAAUUCAUUCUUGAUAUUAAGUAGCAUUAUGAAUUCUUGAUUAAAGAGUAUAAGAUCAUUGCUAAAUUGCUCUCAAGAAUUAGAAGUUUGUUUCGAAAAGAAGAAUAUAGAGAAGAAACUUAAGACAAUUUAGUUGAUGUUAAAUAUAGUAAAUAAACUUUAAGAGGAAAGAUGUCAACUUAAGCUACUUUAGGAAUUAAACAAAGAAAAUUAGUCACCUUUAAAUUUGAAAAAUGA